GCAAACAGGACUACACCAUUCGCCGAGUUAAGGAAGUGUUUCCGGAGGCGCCUUCAGAUUUUACCGUCGCAAUUUUCUGCCCGAUUGCGGGACAAGCGUUUAUUCAUUUUUAUCCUGACUCGUUUUACAAAUUAAUCGGCUGCUUUAAAAAUAGCCGCACGUGAACUGUGCCGUUUUAUUUCCGUUGUGGUUGUCCCCUUUUUGCCAGUGGUGGUUUGUUCUGCUGCCAUGUUGUACUCAACUACCGAUGUUGCUGCAGGAGUUCCGACGAAAGUUUAGAUUUUGGAAUCCCUGGGAGAUCGGAGUACUCCUUAUAUCCUCAAAGGCCGUGGGACAAUUUGCGUUACAGGUUCAAACGACAAAAGUAUAAAAAAAAAAAAAAUACGGAACCUUCAACAGCCCUCGUCCGAUACAAUCCUGCGCCCGUCAGAGGGGCCGGCUACAGGCCACGGCGAUCAAUGACUGCAUCAGUUUUAUCCAAAACACCUUAAUACGAGUCAGCUGUAUAUAUUUGCUUUUUGUUUGUUUGAUUUUUAAACAUGAGUGGCCAUCCGUCGCAACGGCGGGCCACAAAUGUCGGCUCUAUGCUCCUUACCCCGCAAGAGAACGAAUGCCUCUUCAAUUACCUUGGCAGGAAAUGCAUCACGCUGUGCUCCGCUGUGGUCCAGGUGUACACGGCCGAAAGGACGUCCACGUGGGGGAAGAAGUGCUGUGGUGUCGCCUGCCUCGUCAAAGACAACCCCCAGAGAUCCUACUUCAUCCGCAUCUUCGACAUCAAGGAUGGAAGAAUUAUGUUCGAACAGGAGCUCUACAACAACUUCUCAGUUAACUCUCCAAGACCUUACUUCAUUUCAUUUGCGGGAGACGCGUGUCAGGUCGGCCUGAACUUUGCCAGCGAGGAGGAGGCCAAACGAUUCCGGAGCGCAACCGGUGAACUGCUUGGGAGACGACAGAGGAAAACGGAGAAAAGACGUGACCCUCAAAAUGGACCCGCCCUGCCCAUGGCCACCGUGGACAUAAAGAACCCUGAGAUCAACAAUAUGAAGUACCACAACAACACUCAGGUCAACAGCAUAGUACACAGCAGCUUCAGCAAGGACAAGCGGAAGGCCAAAGGGAAGAGGAAGAAGCUGACCAAGGCUGACAUCGGGACACCCAGCAACUUCCAGCACAUUGGACAUGUAGGCUGGGAUCCAAACACAGGCUUUGAUCUGAACAACCUGGACCCAGAGCUGAAGAACCUAUUUGACAUGUGCGGGAUCUCCGAGGCCCAGCUGAAGGACAAGGAGACAUCCAAGGUCAUCUAUGACUUCAUCGAGAAGAAGGGAGGUGUGGAGGCGGUCAAGAACGAACUCCGCAGACAAGGUCCACCCAGGUGGUGCGCCCCCCCACCUCCACCAUCCAGGGGCGGACCCCCUCCCCCUCCCCCACCACACUCUUCAGGACCACCUCCUCCACCCCCUGCCAGAGGACGAGGGGCCCCGCCCCCACCCCCUCCCUCCAGAGCCCCGACAGCUGCUCCCCCGCCCCCACCCCCUUCCAGACCGGGCACCCAAGCCCCGCCUCCACCCCCUCCACCGACGAGAGGCCACCUGCCGCCCCCUCCUCCGCCCUCACAUGCCUCCCUAGCCCCACACGCUCCCCCGCCCCCUCCGCCUCCCCCCUCGUCUUCCCCAGCUGGUAUGGGCGGACCUCCACCCCCUCCACCUCCUCCCCCUCCACCUGGACCCCCGCCCCCUGCCCCGCCCCCACCCCCCGACAUGGACGGGGGAGAGUCCCAGGGGGGUAAAUCAGCACUCCUGAGCCAGAUCCGGGAGGGAACCCAUCUGAAGAAGGUGGAGCAGAACAACAGGCCCGUGUCCAGCACGGGGCGGGAUGCGCUCUUAGACCAAAUACGACAGGGCAUCCAGCUCAAGACUGUGGCAGACGCCCCAGACUCUGCCCCGCCCACUCCUGCGCCCUCCACUGGCAUCGUUGGGGCUCUGAUGGAGGUGAUGCAGAAGAGAAGCAAAGCUAUCCACUCUUCAGAUGAAGAUGAGGAUGAUGAUGAUGAGGAGGACUUUGAGGACGAAGACGAAUGGGACGACUAAUGAAUUCCCCUCCUCCCUAAAUAAAGACACUACAUUUUUUUCCCCAUCUAAAUCUUCUACAAAUUAUUAUGUAAAUG